GGCGGAGAGGCUGGAGCGGCCGCGGCUGCGGGCCAGGGUGCGCGCGGUGGACAGGGGGCGGAGCCAAGCCCGAUCUUGAGCCCUGAGGCUGCGGCCGCGCUCGGACCCGGGAAAGUCGCGCGCUGCCUACGCUUCACUGCUGAGGACUCUUGAAAGAUUGUGCAAUGAAUGGUGAUACUCGGGCCACAGUGGUGACCUCACCACCUCCAACCACAGCCCCUCACAAGGAGAGGUACUUUGACAGAGUGGAUGAAAACAAUCCAGAAUACUUGCGGGAAAGGAACAUGGCACCAGACCUUCGCCAGGACUUCAAUAUGAUGGAGCAAAAGAAGAGGGUGUCCAUGAUUCUCCAAAGUCCUGCUUUCUGUGAAGAAUUGGAGUCAAUGAUACAAGAACAGUUUAAGAAGGGGAAGAAUCCCACAGGUCUACUGGCAUUACAGCAGAUUGCAGAUUUUAUGACCACAAAUGUACCAAAUGUCUACCCAGCAGCUCCACAAGGAGGAAUGGCUGCCUUAAACAUGAGUCUUGGUAUGGUGACUCCUGUGAAUGACCUGAGAGGAUCUGACUCCAUUGCCUAUGACAAAGGGGAGAAGUUACUGCGGUGUAAAUUGGCAGCAUUUUAUAGACUUGCAGAUCUCUUUGGGUGGUCUCAGCUUAUCUACAAUCAUAUCACAACCAGGGUGAACUCCGAGCAGGAGCACUUCCUCAUUGUACCUUUUGGACUCCUCUACAGCGAAGUGACUGCAUCCAGCUUGGUUAAGAUCAAUCUACAAGGAGACAUAGUGGAUCGUGGCAGUACUAACCUAGGAGUAAAUCAAGCUGGCUUCACAUUACAUUCUGCGAUUUAUGCUGCCCGGCCGGAUGCUAAGUGCAUUGUGCACAUUCAUACCCCGGCAGGCGCCGCGGUCUCUGCAAUGAAGUGUGGCCUCUUGCCCAUCUCCCCUGAGGCACUUUCCCUGGGAGAGGUGGCUUAUCAUGACUAUCAUGGCAUUCUGGUUGACGAGGAGGAAAAAGUCCUGAUUCAGAAAAAUCUUGGGCCUAAAAGCAAGGUUCUCAUUCUCCGGAAUCAUGGUCUUGUGUCAGUUGGAGAGAGUGUUGAGGAGGCCUUCUAUUACAUCCAUAACCUUGUUGUCGCAUGUGAGAUCCAGGUUCGCACUCUGGCCAGUGCUGGAGGACCAGACAACUUAGUUCUGCUGGAUCCUGGGAAGUACAAAGCCAAGUCCUGGCCCCCGGGGACUCCAGCAGGAGAAGGCACUGGAUCAUCUCCCAAGUGGCAGAUUGGGGAGCAGGAAUUCGAAGCCCUCAUGCGGAUGCUUGAUAAUCUGGGCUACAGAACUGGCUACCCUUACCGAUACCCUGCUCUGAGAGAGAAAUCUAAAAAGUACAGUGAUGUGGAGGUUCCUGCCAGUGUCACAGGCUACUCCUUUGCUAGUGACGGUGAUUCGGGCACUUGCUCUCCUCUCAGACAGAGUUUUCAGAAGCAGCAGCGAGAGAAGACACGAUGGCUGAACUCUGGCCGGGGUGAUGAAGCUUCUGAGGAAGGGCAGAACGGAAGCAGUCCCAAGUCGAAGACUAAGGUGUGGACGAACAUUACACACGAUCACGUGAAACCCUUGCUGCAGUCUCUCUCGUCCGGUGUCUGCGUGCCAAGCUGUAUUACCAACUGCUUGUGGACUAAAGAGGAUGGACAUAGAACUUCCACCUCUGCUGUCCCUAACCUGUUUGUCCCAUUGAACACUAACCCAAAAGAGGUCCAGGAGAUGAGGAACAAGAUUCGAGAGCAGAACUUACAGGACAUUAAGACGGCCGGUCCUCAGUCCCAGGUUUUGUGUGGUGUAGUGAUGGACAGGAGCCUCGUCCAGGACGCACCCCUCUCUGACUGUACGGAAACUAUCGAAGGGCUCGAGCUUACAGAGCAGACCUUUAGUCCCGCUAAAUCUCUCUCUUUUAGAAAGGGGGAGCUGGUGACAGCCUCUAAAGCCAUCAUUGAAAAGGAGUAUCAGCCUCACGUCAUUGUGAGCACCACAGGCCCCAACCCCUUCAAUACACUCACUGACCGUGAGCUGGAGGAGUACCGCAGGGAGGUGGAACGGAAGCAGAAGGGCUCUGAAGAGAAUCUGGACGAAACAAGAGAGCAGAAAGAAGAGAGUCCCCCAGACCAGCCUGCUGUCCCCCACACUCCCCCCAGCACCCCUGUCAAGCUUGAAGAAGACCCCCCACAGGAGCCAUGCGGAGACGACAGUGAUGCUGCCACCUUCAAGCCAACCCUCCCUGCCCUGUCCCCUGAUGAGCCUUCCGAAGUACUUGGUUUCCCUACAGCAGAGGAGGAGGAAGCCCCAGCCCCCCCCAGCCCCCCCCAGCCCCAUGCCGAGGCCGACCCCCAGCCGGUCCCAGCCCCGGCGGCUGAAGAGGCAGCCUCCACUGCUGCCGAGGAGGGGUCUGCAGCGGACCCUGGCAGCGACGGCUCUCCAGGCAAGUCACCAUCCAAAAAGAAGAAGAAGUUCCGCACCCCCUCAUUCCUGAGGAAGAGCAAGAAGAAGAGUGACUGCUGAAGGCUGCCUGCACUCAUCUGACCACCAUUCCGCUAGGUCCCCAGUUGAGUCUUGUGUUCUGUCCUCUUGUGUAAUGGAAUGCAAAAAAGCCACACCCUCCACAUAGCUAGAGCCCUUCUCACGCGUGACCAGCCCCUGCAGACGGGUGCUAACCGAGUGUGCGCUCAGUCCCCACCGGGCCCUUAGCCUCGGGCUUAGGGGACAGGCUUAGCCUGCUCCUCCUGGAAGGCACACUUCCCCUGCUGGAGGGGGCACUAAAUCCUGGUCCUGGCUAGAAGGUUCCAGAGGCUUCUGGCAACUCUGGUUAUAGGUGUCACCCUCCUGAGCCUUGACCUCUCGGUGUCCUUCCUAUCAUACAAUCCCAUGUUGUCUCUGCUUGGCUUCUCUCCACCCUAAGGUGUCUCAGGUGACUGAAUCAGCCUCAGCUUCUGCUGCAACCUCUGCUCAGUGAUCUCAGCCCAUAUGUAAGCCACGUGCCCACCAGCAGCCCAGGGCACUAAGGCUGCCUCGAAGAGGUGGGUUUGGGCCUGAUACUGGACGGGAAAUCCCAGCAGGCAGGCCUGUUGCACCCAGUGCAAUGCUAUGCAUGGUCUUACUGAUGACCCCUCAACCAAAAGCAGAUUCAGGACCUCACAGUUUGUCUUAGUCACUGGGGUUUCUGGAUUCCUGACAAAGGGAAGGGAUGCCAGGAGGGGGAAGAGUCCUUUCUAGAACUUUUUUCAGCAGGUUUGUGAUUUAGCCUACAUUUUGACUGUGAGCAUGAGCAGGCCACUCCUUUAGUUUUCUUUCUAAAGCCUGUGGCAGAAUGCAGCAGAACACUGUUCACCCAUUCUGGAGCUGAGCAGGGAUCUAGUCUCACCUUAACUCAGCUUGAAAGAUGCCCUGGUUUUGAUAAAAGGUAACUCAAGGUGGAAGUCAGCCCUACUACAUCAAUACCAUUGUGAAUUUUCAUGGAACUUACAUCCUUGGAAAAGGGCUUGAAGCUGCUUAGUGGGAACCGUUUGGUGGCCCAUAGAUGGAAUCAUCAGGGUGACCUAUUCUAGGUGCUGCUGCCCAGUGUCAGGCUGACCAAGAGUGGGGAAGGCCCCUGAUGGAGCUGGUGCCAGCUGUGGGCUUGGAUCUUGAGCACGGUGGGCUGAGCCACCUGGGAUUCCAGCUGGACACCCCAGCAGGACUUGCUGCACUGCUUCUGUGUCUUGUUUUGCUGCCAAGGUGGAAUGAAGUUCUUCACCCUUAUCCCCGGGACUCUUCCUCAUCCCGUCUCCUGCCCCUUCCUUUAUCCCACAUAUGCAAUGACUUUUAAUUUUCACUUUUGUAGUCUAAUUCUUUGUAUUACAACAUGAAAUAUAGUUGCAUAUAUGGACACAGACUUGGAGGACAGGUCCUGUACAUCCUUUCCUCAUUGUAACAUGUUUUACUCACAAAUAAAAGUCUUUAAGCAGUUUCCUUGUCUAAAUCUGGGAAGCACUUGUGUUUUCAUGCCUUUGUUCCCUU